AAUGUAACUAGCCAUGUUUACCAGUUAACCAGGCUCACCCACUCGCGCUGUUUGUUAGCACAGCUGUUGGUUAGCCAGAAAACAAUAUCUACAAAGAACUUGGAAAUGGCCUACAUCAGUCAGUCAUGGAAGUUAAAACGCUACGGGCGUUUUGAUCCCGGCUCUACAGAGACAAAGCACUGGCAGGUAUUUGACGCAAGUUGCAAUAAACCUGAAAUUUUCCUCACAAUUGUGGACUCUGGAUACUUGCUGGUAUUGCAAGGACAGGAAAGCUUGGACACAAUCCCUUUGCUCUGUGGACACGAUUGCCUCAAAGUACACCAGAAAUCUGAUAACCUGAUGUUUCGAUUUACUGUGAAGGGAGAGAGCCGCAUGAUGAGGAUGCAGUUUGAUGGAAGUAGCAGAACAGAGGCAACAAAGGAGUGUUCAAGUGCUGUGGAAAAACUGAAGGAGUACGUGUCUGUCAGCACCGAGGAUGACGCCCCAUUGCCCCCUAAUCAGCCCCCCGCUGAGGUCACUGCACCAGCGACACAGCAGGGAGAGGCUGCGGGAGUGGAGCCUGAGGUUGUCCAAGGAUCAUUGUCCAUCAAGCGUCUCACCCAGCACAUGUUGGGAGAGACUGCUGUGACUCUGCCUCAAGUAUACCGCCACGGUUCUGUGGAACAAGGUGACCUGGAGCCCAUGUUGCGUGUUUGUCUGCUGGAUCCUAGCUUUCCUGCAUUUGUGGAGAAGGUGGAGGGGGAGCUGAGGAAACUGCUCCAAGAGUGAAGAAUCUCAACAACCGCCGAAAGCAGAAAGGUCAAUUCAGUGCUAUGUGUUUUUUUUGUUUAUGGUAUAGUUUGUGUAGGCAGUGCCUGGUGGUGGUGGAGUGUUUCUCGCUGUGCUGCCGAUGUUUUUUGAAAUGUUACACACAUUGGUUGUUAUUGUAUAUGGCCUGAAGAGGAUGCUCUGGAAUGCUAUUGAAUUUAUGUGGUUAAAUGAAGAAAUUGCAAAAAAAAAAAAAA